UAUCUUGGUGCGUUUAUCUGACAGCUUUUGUGGAGAUGAUUUUUUUUACCCUCUUCGUUCUGAUGCUAACACUUCAGCCGCCUCUGAUUCCAGGAGGUAAUUCAGAGCCGCUUGCUGCAGACUUGGCUGGAUCAGAGACGGAGCGUGAUCAGGGACUAGGGGAGGUCCACCCAUCUCUACACAGAGAGAAACGCUGUUCCUGCAGCAACAUGCAAGAUACAGAAUGUGUUUACUUCUGCCAUGUAGGCAUUGUUUGGGUCAACACACCAGGACAGGUUGUUCCGUACGGUCUGGGGAAUCCUCUGAAACUUCGGAAGCGGGAACUGACUCGAUGUUUCUGCACCAAAGGCAAAGAUGCAAAGUGCAGGACCUUCUGCCAGUCACCAAUCAGAGUGCCGAGCAGCAGUCACAUUGGAGAUGUGGGUGUUGGAAUUCCCAAGAAAGCAGCUGGGAAGAGCAUGAGGAUAGCACCACGCCAGGAGGGCCAAAGACCGGCCUCGCAGGAGUUGGAAAGCUAGGGGAGAAGUGA